ACUGAAUCGCACAGGACUUUCUUAUCAGUACUAAUGGGUGUGCUAGCGAGAGAGUGGGGCGGCAUGGUUUUGACCUUUGGAUAUUAACAAGGGACUCAGGGGGCGGUGGGCGAAUGAUGGACAUCGAGCAAUUCGUCAAUGCCUUUGGCGAGCUUGGCUUUCCCACAACGUGUGAAAAAUCACGGGUGUAAGUGUGCAAUUACACACGCUCAAUUCGGGCUCAAGGGGCUUUGCCUGCUUUGCAAAGAUCGGCUGGCAGAAGGACCGUCGAGUGGACAGGGCUUGGCCGUGCCUGAAUCGUGGCCGUCUCUAGCGGGCGCUUUGCCAUCGAAACAAUCGAUGUAAAUGGUAGAGUCAUGACUUACAAACAGACAUAGUGGGCCAAGUCCGGGCAAAU